UACAGGUAGCCCGAGUAACUAUGUGUCGACUUUUGAUGCUAUUGACGGGCUCUUAAAUGACAAGCCUUGCCGCAGCGAAAUGGCUAGUGUAUUCCGUAUCAACAGGAAGAGGGUUUUUUCAUUUGUCGUUCUCAGCUGCUUUUUAGUUGCACUAAUAUUUUCCUGGUUUGAAUACAGUCCUCACAAGAUUUCUCUACAAGAAGAACAGUUUGAACUCAACCCAAUUCCGUACGCUAAACUCGACCCAUGCAAUUCUUUAGACAACUGCCCCGACAUUCGUCUCCAAGGAAAUACGACUAUUCGUAAAAGUCAAUUAGUCCYAACACGAAUGCUACGAGUGCUUCAUUUAAUAAGCCACAAACACGGGAUAAAGUACUUUAUCUACAAAGGUAGUAUACUAGGAGCUGCAAGACAUAAAGGUGUCAAUCCAUUCGACGAUGAUAUCGACAUUGCUAUGACCCAGCAAGAUUUCGACAAACUUUCUAAAGUUAUCCAAGGAGAGUUACCGUCAGACGUGUUUUACCAGACUGAGACAACAGACCCGUUCUACAAAAAGCCCCGUUUAUCUUUCAUGCUAGCUAAGCUAAGGGAUAAGAAUAGUUGUUACCCAAAUUAUCUUGCCGUGUGUGGGGACAAAUGCCUUCAAAACGGCUUGCAAGUUGAUAUUUCUGUGCUUCAACAAGAUGAAAGUGGGGAUUUUAUAGAUUUGUUCUCGUCUCAGAGUCUUAUGCAACGCUUCAUACGCGGCCCUUUAAGACUGAAGAAAGAGGAUCUUUUCCCACUAGGGAAUCUGGAGUUUGAAGGCUUUCAAAUGCCAGUUCCAAACCAAUGGAAAAAGCUGCUUGUUUUCUGGUAUGGCAGGAAUUACAUGACCAUUCCAUCACCUCAUGAUCGGAAAUUAUUUUCUGGUUCGGCUAUCGAUCCCGUUCAUAGUUGUGACGAGGUAAAACGAUACCAAAACAUUUAACCUCGAAACCCGGGGGGUACUCCCAUAUACUUGUUGUACGGGUAUGUGCCGCCGUAUAGGGUAUAUUUUUUCGGCUUUUGGAUCUGGGGUAGGGUUUCAUUUUUUGACAUUUUSUCUGGGAUAGGAUAUCAUUUUA